ACAACAGCAGCACACAACUCAUGUCCUUUCUUUUGCAACGUCUAAAAUGCAGAUCAGAGAGAUAUUUUAUCACACACCAAAGUAUGCAAGAAAAUAAAGGCUGUUAGUGACGUAAAGGAAACAUUUAUUCUUGUGGCUAAAGGAACCUAAUUUUAACUUCGUUGGUAGUUUCAUCUUGACCACAGAGCAGCGACUGGUGUGAGAGAAUACAGGUUUUCACAGUCAGCGCUCACAAGCAUGGAGGUCAUCUUCAAGGAGGGAAUGCUGCACCUUCAAGCUGUCAAAUUUGGAAAAAAAACAUGGCGGAAAAUGUGGAUGGUGCUUUAUAAACCCAGCUCUCAGGGGGUUGGCCGAUUGGAGUUCUACGCUGUAGCUGACAGCAGCUCUGUUACCGAGCAGAAAAGGAUGGGCCGGCAGAAAACACCAGAAAGAAAAGUCGUGCGUCUAAUUGACUGUCUCAGUGUCACGUUUGCACCAAAGGAGUCUUGCCCGGCUGGCUGCACAGCCUUCUACCUAAACACCACACAGGCAACCUACACCUUAGCCUCCACAUCAAGCCAGGACUGGGUGAAUGCCCUCUGUCUUCUAGCCUUCCAGAAGGAUCCUGGAGAAUCAGACAAAGGGGAUUUUGAGCAAGGAAAUGGCUUGACCAUGGCGGACAAUGAUCUUUACGCAUCUUGGAAAAGCGAGCUGACGCUUCCUCCAAACCAGUACCAAGUAACCAUCCAGAGCACAGAGGCAUCCAAGAGGUGCAAGCUGUCUGGGAAUUACCUGGUCUCCAUAGAAGGGGAGGCAAUAGAGCUGCUGGACAUGAGAACUUGUUACCUCAUCUUCGACUGGCCAUACAAGCUCCUACGCAAAUUUGGUCAGAUUGAGGGGGGAUUCAGCAUUGAAGCAGGCCGUCGCUGCAAGUCGGGACAAGGCGUGUUCAUGUUUCUGACCCAGCAUGGUCCCCAGAUCUUUCAGACUAUAUCUAAGCAGUGCACAGUGGAGAGGAAUACAGCGGUGCAGCCUCCCAGUGCCAACAGAAGAUCGCUAAUUGAGCCGUUUCCCACUCCCCCGCCUGCCACAGCUCACUCUUUCGUCGACCCUUCCAUCUACAGUUUUGCAGAUGUUUCUGCCGACACAGAGGACAAGUUUGCCGGCGAUUACCCCAUUUAUGACGACCCUGUGCAGCAGGUAAAACAGCUAUCGCUCAAGCCUCCUCUCUUGGGCAGCAACGAGGCUGUGGGAGAGGAAGCUGAGGAUGAGGACGAGCAGGAAUGGUGCCAUUCCCUGGAGGCUCUAAAUAUGGAUAACAUUAUUGAGGACAGCAUUUACUGCAAUUUACGGAGAGGCACGCCUCCUUUGAUGAGAAAAGCCGAGGCAGAUAAUUCAGAUUGCAUUUAUUCAGGGAUAAAAAAAGUCAAUUCUCUGACAAAUCUCCAGCAGGAGCCUUCCUAUCCCCCCUUACCAUUGCCUGUACCCCCGCCUCCUCCCUUAUCAUCCACUUAUUCCUUAGCCAAACCCCAAAACCAGCAUGCACUCCCUGUGAAUAACUCCUUCCAGCCAGAAUACAAUACACAAGCAGACUACGAUGAAGACGACUUGAAUGAGACUGAGGAGGCCAAUAGCUCCUCUGCUCAAGUUACCCCCUCAGAGGUGCCUGGCAGUUUUAAACACAGGCUGGCAGAAAUCAUUUCUAAGGACUUGGCAAAGUUCCAGCCUCCUCUUCCCUACGGACCAGGCAGCCUCACAUUUUCUCAGUAGACUAUCAGUUAACAGACAGACUAGACAGGACAAUUUUAUCUGUGAUAAAUUGUCAUAAAACACAAUUAGUUUCUUUACUUCUAUAAAAUCCCCUCCACUGAGAACAUGCAGUUAGGCAUUCUGGCUCACAAGUGUUUGAUUGUUUUUGCAGCUUGUUAUAUGAAAGAUGCAUCUGGAAUACUUUUUAAUCUGUGAAUGCUGUUGCCAAAAAAAGAGAUUUAUUUUGUUUUCUUCUGCGGGAAUGCUAGGCGAAUACCUUUAAUGUGACAUUAGCUGAGAAGUUGGGCGAGCAUUCGCCCGGGCUGUUUCAUAAUGGGAAAGCCGGGACGGAAAACAAACAACGUCGCCUUGUUAUGUUUAAUGCGCUACACAUCAUCUUCAUUAUCAUCCUCUCUGGAAUCAGUUUGGUUUCUUAAGCAGAGUCAGGAAGGGUUUGUCACAUCAACUGUCAGCUGUAAAACAGAGUGGAAAAACCAAUAACCCACAUUGUGUAAUUACUGCAUGUAUUUGCUGACAAUAUCCAUAUAAAAACCACUUAAAAAGCA